AUGUCAAGUACAAAUCCAACACUAUCGUACAUCGCUAAGCUUCAAUAUAUUUCGGGACAAUUAUCUCUAUAUAUGUCCAUUAUUAUCCUUGUUUUUGGCUUGAUUGGUAAUCUACUCAAUUGUUUAGUAUUUGCACAACGAUCACUUCGAUCAAAACCAUGUGUCGUUUAUUUUCUUGUGGCUAGCAUAUUAAAUUUAAUUAUCAUUUUCUCGGGUAUUGCACCACGUGCAUUUCAAAUUUUUUUUAUGAUCCCAGAUCAAACAGAAACAGUGUCUACAUUAUGUAAGCUGCGUCUAGUCGUUCUUUUCACAAUGCGUACUAUUUCAUCAUGGCUUUUAACUCUCGCUAGUGUGGAUCGUUAUUUAAUAUCAAGUUCUAAUGUCAAUCGACGUCGAAUGAGCAAUUUGAAGAAUGCUUAUAUUUCGAUUUUAAUUGUUAGUAUCAUUUCAGCUCUGGUAUGGGCUGAAGCCGGCUACUGUUUUGAUGCUAAUUUGGUUGGCACACCUCAAAAAUGUUAUGCUAAAUCUAAUGCAUGUCGUGUUUAUAAUGACCUUGCACAAUCACUUAUUACAACCAUCAUUCCAUCGGCAAUCAUUCUUAUUAUUGGCUUAUUAACUAUAAACAAUGUUCGACAAGUCCAAAGAAUAGGACCUUCUUCAAUUAGUAUGACUAAUAAUAAGAAUACUCAACGAAAUAGAAAAGACGAAAGAAGUUUAACUAUAAUGUUAUUUGCACAAGUUAUUCUUUUAACUAUAUUUACUUUACCACAAGCAGGACAAAAAUUUUAUCUGACCUAUACAUUUUAUCAAACGAAAUCAUCAAUUCAAAGAGCCCUCGAAAAAUGUGAUGAUUGUGAUCAAUUAUUAUAUCUUGAUAAAAAUAUUGAACAACUUAAAUUCUUUGCAGGGAUUGAUCCGCAAAAGAAUUAUACAAUGUCACAACGAAAAAAUCGAAGGGCUCUAGCCGACUCAAAGCCGGCAACAAACAACGAUAGUACGGAUACGACUGUAGUAGUGGCUGGUACAUCACAAAGAUCAGCAUGUGGUGCUCUAGUAUCAUCUACAACUGAACCAUCUGUGAUACCAAAACCAACACGAGCUUCACCAUCUGGAACUGAACGAUCUUGCAGUGCAUUCCCGAUAUUGAAUGAGUCAAUGCGAAAUUUGUCUAUCGAUGCAGCAUCGGCCUUGGCAAAAGAUUCUCGUUCUCAAAGUGUUCGUCCAGUGAUACGUCGUCGAAUAUUAUGCUCAGCAGUACCUGAAUCAGCCGAAUUGACACCAAUUCGUCGGCCUGAUGAAGGUGGUUCAAAAGGUCAAAAAAUAUCUGUAUAUACCAAUCAUUUUCGUGUACAAAUCCCUGACGCUAUCAUUUAUCAAUAUGAUAUCGAGAUUGUUAUGAUUGGUCGUGAUGGUAAAGCGCGUCUAACACGAAAAGAUGAUCGUUGGGAAGUGAUCCAAACAUUCGUUAAACAAAGAAACAAUUUUCCUACAAUCUGGUAUGAUGAAGGAAAAACGUUAUAUAGUCGAGAAAUACUACCUGAUUUAAAAUUACCUAUUCAGAUUGAAAUAGGAAAAGAUGAUGAGAAGAAAACCUUUCAAUUGAAAAAAUUAGUUCUUGUUCGACAAGAUAAAAUUCAAAAUAUUCAUGAUUUUAUUGAAAAGAAAAUAAAUAUGCGACCACGUGAAGCAGUUCGAAUCAUUGAAAUACUUUUCAAGCAACGUGCUCGAAAUGAUCUAAUCGCUAUUCGAAAUCAAUUCUAUGACCGACGUCGACAGCUGGAUGAUCUUGGUGAUGGUCGUGGAAUGGCAAGAGGUUUUUAUCAAGCUUUGUUUCUCACGCAAAUGGGACCAACACUAAAUAUCAAUUUGACAUUUACAUGUUUUUUUAUGCCAUUAAAUUUUGUUGAUUUUGCUUGCAAAUAUUUGCGCAAAGAUAUUACGAAAGGUUUAAAUGAAAAUGAUUUAAAAGUAUUUGAAAAAAUCGUUCGCAAUUUAUCCAUUGAAACAAUGCAUACCGGUCGGAGAAUUUUCUAUCGAAUACGUGGUUUUGGUCGUCCUGCUAAUCGACUUAUGUUUCGUCGCGGUGGAGAUGAUGGUCAAACGGCAAGUGCUGUUGAUAUCAAAGAAACGAGUGUUGCAGAUUAUUUUGCUGAAAAAUAUAGAAAACUUAUGUAUCCUUAUUUACCUUGCAUUAAUGCGAUGAAAGGAGCUGAAAACAAACCAAAUUGGUUACCUAUGGAAUUUGUCAGAAUAGUCGAAUGGCAACGUGCAUUAAAACCAUUAGACAAACAACAACGAGGUGUUGUUUCGAGAAAUACGAUCAUUAAACCAGAACAACGUUACAAUGAAAUAAUGAAAAUCGUACGUAACAAUCAGUUUGAUAGAGAUCCUUAUCUCAAAGAACUAAAUAUUCAUGUUGACGAUAAAGAAAUGCUUGAAAUCAAAGCACGUGUACUCGCGCCUCCAAAAAUCAGAUAUCGCAGUCGUGGUCAAGGUGAAGUUAUUGAAUCCGUUAAUUGUGGCAAAUGGCGAAUUCAAAAUUGGUUUUAUACAACAUCAAAAAUCAAUUCAUGGGGAAUGAUUUAUUUUGGCGAUACACCUAACAGUCGUAUUGAGGACACGCUUAGCGAAUUUCAAAAUCGAUUACCAGAUCUACUUAGACGCAGUGGUUUCGUAAUUAAUACCGAAUUAUUACUGACAAUAAAGAGUUCAUUGGACAAUGAAAUUUACAAUACAUUACUUGAUGCUAGUAGACAACGUUGGCAAUUGGCUAUUAUUAUUAUUAAUAGUCGUAAUUCAGAGAUUGUCUAUAAUCUUGUUAAAAAAUAUGCCAAUACAAAGAUUGGCUUGAUGACUCAAUGUGUUAAUUUUCAAGCUUUGGAACGAAACAUGAGCAAACUUGAAAUGUACGUUGAAAAUAUAAGUCAAAAAAUUAAUGGAAAAUUAGGUAAUAUCAAUGGUGUCAUCAAUAUUAAAUCAGCUCUUAGUCGUUCUUCAAGAGAAGAUCUUUUUAUGUUUUUUGGAGCUGAUGUAACUCACUCAACUUGUUCAAGUGAUUAUCCAUCAAUAUCAGCUGUUGUUGGUUCUCGAGAUUUGACAAACAAUCUAUAUGCUGCUCGAGUUUGUGAACAAUAUCCAAAAAAGGGUCGUUGUUCACUUGAAAUUAUAAAAGAGUUAGAUACGAUGGUUAUUGAUUUACUUCGAGUAUUUGCUAAUUCAUGUGGUGAUCGUCUUCCAAAUAAAAUUAUUUUCUAUCGAGAUGGUGUAGAUGAAGGACAAUACCAGAAAGUACUCGAUAAUGAAGUUAAUAAAAUUAAAAAUGCAUGUCGCAUUGUCUAUGGUAACAAACCCUUACCGCAAUUAGCAUUCAUUGUUGUGAAAAAACGUCAUAACACACGUUUCUUUCUAUAUGAUGGUAAUGAAACAAUGAAUGUUCAGGCGGGCACCGUUAUCGAUCAGAGUAUAAUACAUCCAUCACAGUUUGAUUUUUACUUAUGUUCACAAGCUGCAAUAAUGGGUACAUCACGACCAGCUUUGUAUCAUGUUCUUCAUGAUGAUAUUGGAUUCAGCAGUGAUGAUAUUCAACAACUUACCUAUUGGCUAUGUCAUACAGAUAUGCGUUGUACUAAAUCAGUUUCAAUACCAGCUCCUGUUCAUUAUGCUCAUUUAGCAGCUUAUGCAUCACGAGCACUUAAAUAUGGCGAAGAUCAGGAUAGAGAAAGUGUUGAUGAAAAUAAUGAAGAACCUGAAACUUAUUCACUUGAUGAUAUCAAGACAAAAGUAAUGGUACUGGAUGAAAAAAUCACCGAUGAUAUGUGGUUCAUAUAG